AUGAUAACUAUAAACAUAGAGACACCUAAUCAUUCAAGAUAUUAAGGGUUGCUUCACAAAAUAGAUACAACAGACAAUACAAUUUUAUUACAUUCUGUAAUCAAUUAUGGAAAAGCCAAAAGACCCAUUAAAUAAAUUAUUUCAGAUACAGAAAAACAUAAUUAUUUUGUAUAAUUUCCUUUAGAAUUUGUUAAACCAGAUACAGUUAUUACAACUAAUGAUGGAAAAUCUUAUAAAGCAAAAUUAUCAAAAAUAGAUCCUUAUACUAAAUUUCCAAUUUUCCAGAAUAUCUAAUUAAUAUGUAAAUAAUGUGAAGAAGGUGAAAAAAAAUCUUUUGAUUUCAAAUCACAUAGAGUGAUAUCAAUUAAUAAAAAAUAGUAAAUUAAAAUGAAAUAAUCACUUCACUUUCAAAAUAAAUCUGUAGAUCUUAAAUCAUCAUAUCCACCUUGUAUCACUAAUAAUUAUAGAUAAAAGGCAAAAUUUAAAGAAUUAACAGAAUAAAUAGGUUAUAGACCUAAAUUAAAAUGUAAAAAUUUAUGA